AGUCCCGUUACAAGCCGGCCCGCGGGCCGCCAAGGCUGGGGCGAUGGAUGGUUCCGAGCCGCCACGGAUGUCCCGGAGGGCUGCCAGCUUCUCCUUCAAGAGCUUACGGUGGCGUUUGACUAAAAUGAACAGGCGGCGCACAGUAGAGCUGGAGGCACAGGAGCUGUGUAUUUGGCUGCGGGAGGCUGGAUUUCCACAGUACGCUCAGCUCCAUGAAGAUUCCCAGUUUCCCAUCGACAUUAAUGCUGUGAAGAAUGAUCACAACUUCCUGGACCAGGAUUAUGUGCAAUCGCUCUGCAGGCGGUUGACCACUCUGAACCAGAUUACCUCCAUGAAGCUGGAUAUCGACAUUACCAGGAAGUUGGGUGAUGGCUCUGAGGAGGAUGAGCCGUUCGCCAUCAGUGACCGCUGGGAGUUCCAGCGUGAGAGCAAGCGAUGGUCUCGGCUCCCCGCGGGGUCCAUGGUGCUCAGCACCCAGACCCUCAGAGACCCCUGUGUCGCCGUGAAAACCACUCCAAACUCUGUGGCCAAGCCCCGCAAACACAGGACCAAGAGCUUCCUGCGGCACAUCGACUCUCUCCGCUGGAGGAGCCCGCAGACCAAAGUCAAAGCAGCUCAGGGCGGCACGGAGCCCACCCACAGCACCGUGCUACACAAAGUCCUGCCAGGCCAGGGCCCCAGGCCUCCACCCAGUGUCAAUGGGGAGCCCCAGUCCUGGGAGGCAGGUGACUCCCCAGCCCCCAGCCUCACAGCGGGGCUUCGCAAAGGCUUGACCAGCAGCCGCUACCUGGAGGACUGCAAGCUGGAGGCUGCAUCCUGCGGCCUGGGCUGGGAUGACCAAUCGGACGAGGAGCAGCUGGUCCGCAUCCCCGCCAACCACAAGCCCGGAACAUUCCCCAAAGCCCUGUCGCUGGAGAGCCUGUGCCCCGGCCACGACCAGCGACUGUUGUGGUGGAGGACAGAGAACCUGAGUGUCCGCGGGGGUGGGUCCUGUGGCUCGGUGGGCAGCCGGCACAGUGUGUACGAUAACGUGCCCGAGGCCUGCCCGCUCAACCCCGCCUUCGACAACCUGGACGAGGUUCUGAGCCAUGUGAAUGGGGAGAGGCAGAGGGUGGAGGCCUGGUCCCAGGUGAUGUGUCCUGAGCUGGAGGCCUCAGGCCCGGCCAGGGAUAAGCCUGAACUGCAGGCCGGGGGCCCGGUCGAGAAGGAACCCGCCCUGUCGGGCAGUGAUGUGGACACCAGCGGUGCCUCACUGACCGAGGGCGAAGACAUGGAGAUGAGGGAGAGGAGUGACUCUGGCGUGGGAGCCUCCCUGACCCGGCCCAACAGGUGGGAGUGCGCUCAGCUCAGGGCACCAGUCUGCCUCCUGCAGGACAUGCCUCCUCAGCCCGCUGGCAACAUCCUCAAAUCACAGCAGUUUAUCAUUUACUUUUAG